ACAGUAGCAGCGCGCGCGGCGGGCAGCAGCGACCUGUCUCUUUAAGUUGGUGUCAAAGCCGAUUACCGCUGAUCUCCGUCGUGAUUCUGUUUUCACCGUCUGUUCCCUCGAUCUAUUUCUGUUUGGCGCCGCUGACGCUCCGGUAACAUUUCUCUUUUUCAUACAUUUAUUUUAUUUUUAACCGGCCGGAUAAGAAAAAACGCUCCGGUAACUCCUCGGUAAAGUUUGGAGCAUGGGAACGCCGUGAAGUGAUCAGUGGAGCACCGGGUGUGAUGCGCGCUGCGGGGCGGACUCUCCAACUUUUUGUGCCAUGGUAAACCGGGAUUACCGCUCCCUGCUAACGGACACAUUAACCGCUUUCUCUCCGGUGCGCCUCCGCUAAAGAUAACGAGUGAGAGCCCGGUGGUGAUGUGAUGUGAUGCCCCGGGUUACUGUUUGAAGUUGGCACCAAAAUAAAAACCACAAAACAAACCCGGGUGAAAGUAAGAUGCAGAAGGGCGUGCGGUACAAUGAGGGCCACGCUCUGUAUCUGUCGGUGGUGGCGCGUAAAGAGGGCACCAAGCGCGGCUUCCUCAGCAAGAAGACCACGGAGAACAGCCGCUGGACCGAGAAGUACUUCGCCCUCUACCAGAACGUGCUCUUCUACUUCGAGAACGACCAGAGCACGAGGCCCUCCGGGAUAUACCUGCUGGAGGGAUGCACGUGCGAGCGGGCACCGGCGCCAAAGGUCUCCGCCAUCAGCAAGGAGCCGAUGGAGAAACAGCAGCACUACUUCCUGGUCAUUUUUGGUCACGAUGGACAGAAACCUUUGGAGCUCCGGACAGAGGAGGAGUCAGACUGCAAUGAGUGGGUGGAGUUCAUCCAGCAGGCCAGUUACUCCGACAUCAUCAUCGAGCGUGAGAUCCUGAUGCAGAAGUACAUCCACCUGGUCCAGAUCAUGGAGACUGAGAAGGUCGCAGCCAAUCAGCUUCGUACUCAGCUGGAGGACCAGGACACUGAGAUCGAGAGGCUUAAAGCCGAGAUUGUAGUGUUGAACAAAACCAAGGAGAGGAUGCAGCCUUACCAGAGCAACCAAGAGGAGGAAGACCCAGAUAUUAAAAAGAUCAAAAAGGUGCAAAGCUUCAUGCGAGGCUGGCUGUGCCGGAGGAAGUGGAAGAUCAUCGUCCAGGACUACAUCUCUUCCCCUCAUGCCGAGAGCAUGAGAAAGAGGAACCAGAUUGUCUUCAACAUGGUGGAAGCGGAGACGGAAUACGUCCACCAGCUCUCCAUCCUGGUGAACUGCUUCCUCAGGCCGCUCCGUAUGGCUGCCAGCUCCAAGAAACCUCCCAUCAGCCACGAUGACGUCAGCAGCAUAUUCCUCAACAGUGAGACCAUCAUGUUCCUGCAUGAGAUCUUCCAUCAAGGUCUUAAAGCUCGAAUUGCCAACUGGCCCACGCUCGUCCUGGCGGACCUGUUUGACAUCCUGCUGCCCAUGCUGAACAUCUACCAGGAGUUUGUGCGCAACCACCAGUACAGCCUGCAGGUUCUGGCCAACUGUAAGCAGAACAGAGACUUUGACAAGCUGCUGAAACAGUACGAGUCCAACGCUGCCUGCGAGGGCCGCAUGUUGGAGACGUUCCUCACUUAUCCCAUGUUCCAGAUUCCACGAUACAUCAUCACUCUCCAUGAGCUGCUUGCGCACACGCCUCACGAGCACGUGGAACGCAAGAGUCUGGAAUUUGCCAAAUCCAAACUGGAGGAGCUGUCGAAGAUGAUGCACGACGAGGUGAGCGACACCGAGAACAUCCGGAAGAAUCUGGCCAUAGAGAGGAUGAUCGUAGAGGGCUGUGACAUCCUGUUAGACACCAGUCAGACCUUCGUCCGGCAAGGCUCUCUCAUCCAGCUGCCGUCCAGCAGCGAGCGGGGCAUGCUCAGUAAGGUCCGCCUGGGCUCCCUCUCACUGAGGAAGGAAGGAGAGCGACAGUGUUUUCUGUUCACCAAACACUUCCUCAUCUGUACCCGAACAUCUGGAGGAAAGCUUCACUUGCUCAAGCAAGGAGGAGCGCUGUCUCUGAUAGAGUGUACUCUCAUCGAAGAACUAGAUGCCAGCGAUGAGGACUACAACGCAGCGGGUCAAGGCUUCAACCAUCUGGAGUUCAAAAUUGUGGUGGAGCCUCCCGACGGUCAGUCCUUCUCUGUUGUCCUCUUGGCUCCGUCUCGCCAAGAGAAGGCCGCGUGGACCAGCGAUAUCAGCCAGUGCAUCGAUAAUAUCCGAUGUAACGGCCUGAUGACCAGCGUGUUUGAGGAGAACUCCAAAGUUUCUGUGCCGCACAUGAUCAAGUCUGACGCCCGACUGCACAAAGACGACGUCGACAUUUGCUUUAGCAAGACACUCAACUCCUGCAAGGUGCCACAGAUCCGAUAUGCCAGCGUGGAGCGUCUGCUGGAGCGACUCACAGACCUGCGCUUCCUCUCCAUAGACUUCCUCAACACCUUCCUCCACACGUACAGGAUCUUCACCACAGCUGCCGUCGUCAUCGACAAGCUGGCUGACAUCUACAAGAAGCCGUUUACCUCCAUACCUGUUAGGAUCGAGCAACAUUCAUGUGAUCGUCUGUCCAUCAUGUCCCUCUGUCCCGACUACAGUCUGAAGAUCACACAGCUUGCACUGGACCAGUCCAAGUCUCUGGAGCUCUUCUUCGCCACCAACCAGGGCUCGUGGGCAACCGACCCCUUGAACAACAAAUCCCCGAGGCUGUGCCGCAAGUUUUCCUCUCCUCCUCCUCUCACCAUCCCCUCUCGCACCUCCUCCCCCGUCCACUGCCGCAAGCUCUCCCUCAGUUCCCCGGUCAGCGGGAAAGCAGGAGCCUUGGACUUGUCCACCACCCCUUCCUCCUCUGCAGCCAACUCCCCCACCUCCAGCCACUGCCCCUCCAUCUCCUCCCCCCCUCCUGGCUCGACCAGGCCCCCCUCUGGCUUUUCCUCUCCUCCACCCACCGCCACGCGCUCUCCCAGCCUCCCCCAGGCCUCUGGGUUGUCCUCGCCGCCCCCCAUCUGCACCAAAGCCCCGCUGGACCUCAGCCGUGGUCCCAGCUCCCCUGAGCUGAGCCCAGCUGCAGGGGAGGACGUCAGCGGAGAGUUGCCUCGCCUCGACGCCUUCUGUGGGAAGCUGAGGCGCAGCAUCCGCAGGGCUGUCCUGGAGUCAGUAUCUCUGGACAAGUUCAUCCCUGAAUCACCAGCCACCAGCGAGCCGGGCGACAUGUCUCCCUGCCGCUCACCUUCAACGCCAAGGCACCUCCGCUACAGGCAGACAGGAGUCACAUCGGGGGAGAACUCUCGCUGCACGAUGUCGCCGGCUUCAGCGUUUGCGAUCGCCACUGCUGCUGCUGGACAUAGCAGCUCCCAGGGUUUUAGUAAUUCUGAGAAGUCCUGCGACAAAGAAUUCAUCAUCCGGAGAGCUGCGACCAACAGAGUUCUGAAUGUUCUCCGGCACUGGGUUUCAAAGCACUCGCAGGACUUUGAAAUGAACGGUGAGCUGAAGAUGGGCGUGAUCGGACUCUUGGAGGAGGUUGUACGAGAUCCAGAUCUGCUGCCACAGGAGAGGAAAGCAACCACCAACAUAUUAAGUGCCCUUUCUCAAGAGGAACAAGAUGAUGCUCAACUGAAGAUAGAGGACAUAUUACAGAUGGCGGAGAGUCCGAAGGUGGAGUGUUUUGAUUCUCUCUCUGCGAUGGAGCUGGCAGAGCAGAUCACACUGCUGGAUCACAUCGUGUUCAGGAGCAUUCCCUACGAGGAGUUCCUCGGUCAGGGCUGGAUGAAGGUCGACAAGUCAGAGAGGACUCCGUACAUCAUGAAGACCAGCCAGCAUUUCAAUGACAUGAGUAACCUGGUGGCGUCGCAGAUAAUGACCCACACUGAUGUGGGCUCCAGGGCCAGCUCCAUAGAGAAGUGGCUCGCAGUGGCUGAUAUCUGUCGCUGCCUCAACAACUACAACGGCGUGCUGGAGAUCACCUCUGCUCUGAACCGCAGCGCCAUCUUCAGGCUGAAGAAGACCUGGGCGAAAGUCUGCAAACAGACAAAGGCGCUCAUGGACAGGCUGCAGAAGACGGUGUCAUCUGAAGGAAGGUUCAAGAAUCUCAGAGAGACACUGAAAAACUGUAACCCUCCAUGUGUCCCGUACCUGGGCAUGUACCUCACUGACCUGGCUUUCAUUGAGGAGGGAACACCCAACUUCACGGAGGAGGGUCUGGUGAACUUCUCCAAGAUGAGGAUGAUUUCACAUAUUAUCCGGGAGAUUCGUCAGUUCCAGCAAGCACCUUACAGGAUAGAGCACCAACCCAAGGUGACUCAGUUCCUGCUGGAUAAGACACUAGUGAUGGAUGAAGAUACCCUCUAUGAGCUCUCACUGAAGAUUGAACCCAGAGUACCACCUGGCUAAUAACAACUAAUACACACACCACACACACACACACACACACACACACACACACAUAUACAUAUUUUGCCGUCUUACAGUAUCGAUCACGAAUUACCACAACUUGAGAUUCUUUCUUAAUAAAGCAGGGGUUGUUCCACAGGACGCCGCCGGUUAUUGUGCUCAGGAAACUCAGGAGACAACGUGCCUUUGAAUGAAUAUCUGAUGUGUAUAUUUAGUAAAGCACAAUGAACUGUAUAACAAACACAACUCUGCCAUACAAUCGUACAGUUAUGACUGUAGAUACAACCAUGUUAGCUCUACUGUAAGGUAACCAGUUGCUGCUAUCACACUGUAAAUACCAAACAAUCUGCCUCCGUAGUCUCGCACACCAACGUCAGAUGAGUUUUACAUUAUUUGUACGAUGACGGUCGGACUAACCUGGCUGCGGUCCCCCGGAGGCUGAAAUGAGCCCUGAGGUUUGCUGUGUGGUGGUUUCCAAAUUAAUAUAGGAAUACACAAGCUGCUUACUCCAGUGGUUCCCAACCUGGUGGUGUGGACCCCCAUUAGGGGUCGCCUAAGCUUCAUGAGGGGUCUUGAUUUUAAAGGGUUUAAGAAAACUUUUUCACAGUUGAUUCACUUCUGUUAAGAAAUGUAAAUUGUCUAAUAGAACAAUGUCCAAGUGUCAGGGACAAGAAAACACUGAAUGUGUCCAAAAAGAAGCCUUUUAUGUUUGUAUGAUUGUUUAAAAAUGAUAAUAAAUAUAUAAUAUAGACAGAAAAGUUCCCCAAACAGGAAAUAAUCAGCUCAAAAUUCAUCCAAAUCACUCAAUUUACACAAAUUUCUUGCAGUUACUGAGUUCACUGUUUGGGUUAAUUGUACAGUUUUGUAUAUAAUUUGAAAUAUCCAUAAAAUAUGUCACUUAAGGGGUCGUCAGUUUAAUAAAUGAUAGAAAAAAGGGUUGGUAACCACUGAUUUACUCGACUGUUAGGGGGCAGCGCUGCAUUGAAUACAAAGAGUUAUUUGUACUGAAUGUAAUGCGUCCCUGUUUUAACCCAAAGACGUCUUUUAGUAUCUUAUCAUGACAGUUAAUAUUGAUUCUGAUAUUCCCAAACACAAUAUCAAUGAAUCAAAUGACCACAACCAGUUUCCACACAGUGAACCUGAAGCAUUUUGGAGCCUCUGGCGGGGUUCAGCUCCUGUGUACGAUGUGUGUGUGUCACAAACCGCUGGAGCACAGUUACAUUUAAUCUACCUUAAUACUGACUCACCUGUCCGUCGGUGGUUGUUGAUGCUCACAGGUGACGUCUGCUCAAGCUCCAUGUAGUUUUCUAUCUGUCACUCUGUUAACACUAGCGGUUCAUGCGGUCGCUGUAAUCUUUGUAGUUUACACACAAUCUGCACAAAUCUGACAAUGUGCACAUCGCAAAUUUAAGAUAUUCAUCUUUCUUGACAAUCAGAAGAGUCUUUUUCAGUUUUGUAAUAUUCAUUUUGUACACAAUAAUCUAAUUUCUGCUCUUUUCUCAAGAGAAUCGGCCUGAAAGGUUUCUUACGAGCUACCGAACCCGACAGUUAAACUUCUUUUACGUGUGUCACUGUUGUUAUUAUUAAUAUUAUUAUUAUUAGUUCCUCGUCAAUGUGAUUAUUUAAUCAUGUUUUAAAGCUUGUUGACUGUAUUAGUGGUAAUAUAUUUGCACUAUUGCUUUGUAAAGAAUGUCAAUAGACUCUAAACUUUUCCAUAGCAUGACUAUAGCAUGAUGUCCCCUCUGUUAGGUUACCGUUAUCCGACUGUUUCAUUAGUUUCAGUUCUACGUGAGGAAUCUGAAGAAAAGGCUUCCGUGCUUUAGUUUGUAAAACCCUUGUUUUCUUACAUUACUUUGAAAUUCCAGUUUUGAUGUAUUUUUCCAUACGUUUCUCUGUGUGCUGUACAGAUAUUUACACACAAUAAAAACAAAACAAUGUGAA